UCCCAGGUUCCUGUUGCAUGUAAAUCAUGUCCCUGUGGCUACAUAUUUAUUAGUCGAAAACUCUUGCAUGCUAAACGUGCUGAGAGAUCACCACCCAUCACAGAAAACAAGAGUGAGGCCAAAAGGAGACGGACAGAGAGAGUUAAGCGAGAGAAGAUAAAUUCUGCAGUAAAUAAAGACUUAGAAAACCGAAAAAGAUCCAGGUCUAACAGCCAUUCAGAUCAUAGCAGACGAGGAAGAGGAAGACCUAAGAGUGCCUCAGCCAAAAAGCACGAGGAAGAAAGAGAGAAACAAGAAAAAGAAGUUGACGUGUAUGCUAACCUUUCAGAUGAAAAGGCCUUCGUAUUUUCAGUGGCCUUGGCGGAAAUAAACAGAAAAAUUAUCAAUCAAAGACUUAUUCUGUAACUUGUAAGCACAAUCUGAUGCAUUUAUAUGCAGAACGGCUAGCAUAUUUCCAAGGUGUCGAGGACUCUCGGAAAGUGUGUUGUCUGCACCAACAAGGACCAUAGAGUUUCCUGUUAAAAUUCUGCUGCUGUUCUUGGAAAUCGAAUUCUGUCUCUACAAGUCAGAAAGAAAGCGUUCACAGGAUUGUGCUAUGAAAAAUCAGAAAGCAGAUAUGUUUCACACCUUGAAGACAAAUGUUAGACAAAUGCACAGAGAGACUGCACCAUUCCAGAGCACUUCUCUUAAAUUUGCUGCCAGAAAUGCAAUAUUUUAAAUAUUUUCAGAAAUAAAUGAUUUUCCUUUAAAAUUAUAUAUUUCAGAUUUUUCAGCUAUAUUGCAGUUUACGUAUGUACAGUUCAUAUAACUUUUUAAUAAAUUGAUAUUCCAAUA